GUUACUCAUACCCUGGCGCUAAUCUUGCCUAACAGAUUCCCGGUACUCAACCAGCGUCUGAUGCACUCACUCCAGCCCCCUCAACCAUGAUCGCUACCAGUAUCUUUUCGCCCAUGCACUGCAAAGCCGCGAAACACCAUACCACUGCGCACAGCGCACAGCGCACAGCGCACAGGGCCGUGCCGUGCCCUGCCCUAUCCACCGCCGAAAUCCCCGUUGAAGCCACCAUCCAGUUCCAACACACAUGACGCGCACCACCCACACCUUCCCAACUACCCCCCUCCCCCUUGCCACCGUACCCUUCAAACCACCUACCCAAGAACAACAACCACAAACCAUCCAAGUCCCAAUACAAUCCAAUCCAUCAACCAAAGAACAAGGUAUCCAAUCAAUCAGUCACUCAGUUCGACCAACAAGACGCAAAAACAGCCUCUUGCUGAGCACGCAUGAACCACUGAAUUCUUCGCUGUGAACAUUUGUAUCGUGACAUAACUACAUAGCCCUGGCUUGCGCCUCAUAACUAGGUAUACAGGGAAGAUAGGUAGAGCAAAGGGGUAGCUAAAAGUUGACGAUUGGGGGG